UCAACUAUUAUUAUUAUUAUUUUAAAUAGAGUACGUAAAAAUUCAAUGGCUUUCUCAAGCUUCCAAGGGCCAGUUCUAAUUCCCCUAUUUAUGCGCUCUCAGGCUCAUUGACAUUUGUUAGCAAUAAGAACUCAUUAAUCAGUAUCUGAAACUUCCUCAUUAAAACUCGACCAAAAGAACUCAGAGAUGGGUUCAGGAAAAGAAAAGAUAGCAUUCAGCGAAGAGCAAGAAGUGCUUGUGGUCAAAUCUUGGAAUGCAAUGAAGAAGGAUGCUGCUGCGUUGUCAAUGAAAUUCUUCUUGAGGGUAUUCGAGAUUGCUCCUUCAGCUGCGAAUUUGUUCUCAUUCUUGCGUGAAGACUCGAACGUUCCCCUUGAAAAUAACCCGAAGCUCAAAAAACAUGCUAUGACUGUAUUUGUUAUGACUUGUGAAUCGGCGGCUCAAUUGAGGAAGGCAGGUACGGUGACAGUGAGGGACACAACACUGAAAAAGUUGGGGGCUUCUCACAACAAGAGUGGGGUGGUUGAUGAACAUUUUGAGGUGGUGAGGUUCGCACUUUUGGACACAAUAAAGGAGGCUGUCCCCGAGAUGUGGGGCCCAGAGAUGAAUAAUGCUUGGACAUUGGCUUAUGAUCAGCUUGCUGGUGCUAUCAAACAAGAGAUGAAACCCUCAUCUUAGGAUUCCAUCAGCAUUUGUCUUUUGUUUAUGUGCGUUACUUCUUUAUUGUGAAAGUAUACAUCUGUUGUUUAAUGUGGUGUUAUCAUAUACUACUAAUAGAGAGGUUUAUUAUCUGGUUUUCUUUUUGUUAA